AUGGGAAUCCAAAAACUUCAGGUUGGAAUGGCCGGCUUGGGCCGUGUCGGCAAGAUUCAUGCCAUCAACUUCCUCCAACGAACUCCUCGUGCUCAACUAGUGGCAGCUUUUACCCCCGAUCCAAAUGAAAUUUCAUGGGGAAGGUUGAACCUUGAGCCACAUGGAGUGACCUUGUACACCAACUAUGAUGAGAUGCUCAAACAUCCCGGUCUCCAGGCUGUCGCUAUUGGGACUGCUACCUCGGUGCAUGCCGACGAGGCCAUCAAGGCCAUUGAGCGUGAUUUGCAUGUUUUAUGCGAGAAGCCUCUCUCUAUCGAUGUCGAAGUGUGCAAGGCUGUUGUUCAAGCUGCUAAGAAGAAGCCUCAUCUGAAGGUGAUGUGUGGGUUCUCGCGGCGAUUCGACGAAUCCUACCGGGAUGCUCGUGAAAAGGUGGAACAAGGACUCAUCGGCCGACCCUCUAUCAUUCGCAGCCAGACAUGCGACAAGUUUGACCCCUCGGGCUUCUAUGUGGAGUAUGCCGCCUGGUCUGGUGGUGUCUUUGUCGACAUGUCUGUCCAUGAUAUCGACCUGACCCUCUGGUUCUUCGGCGACGACAUCAUCCCAAAGAGCAUUUCUGCCCAUGGAAUUACCGCGGUGCAGCCCGAGUUGAAGAAGCACAAGGACUAUGAUAACGCUGUUGGAAUUGUGGAAUUCCAAAAUGGCAAGAUCGCGUACUACUACUGCACGCGGAUGAUGGCCCAUGGCCAAGAGGAUACCACCGAGAUUAUCGGCACCGAGGGCAAGUUGGCAGUUAACAGCAACCCUCAGCGCAAUUUUGUCAAUCUUUAUCACUCUGGUGGUAUUACGCGCGAGGUUCCUCCCAACUUUAUCGGUCGCUUCGGUGCCGCUUUUGUGCAGGAGGCCAAUGAGUUUACUGCUGCUUGCCUUGAUAACACCCCACUUCCUAUGAAGUUGUCCAAUGCUGUCAAGGCAGUUGAGAUUGGUGCAUACCUCCAGGAAGCCUUGGUUACUGGCCAGCAGAUUCACUUUGACGAGAUUGGCCGGCGGAUUGAAAAGGCUCAGCUAUAG